AUGCUCGACUUAUCACAUUCGAACAGCUCCGUCGACAUCAACAAGAUUGUGAUAAUUGACGCAGACCGCCUUAUCGUUCAAAACAAAGAUAGCAGCUUGUCGCUAGGGAAGGAACAAGAUGCUGUGGCGGCGUUCGAUCAACAUGCCCCGGAUGAAGACGGGGAGAAAAUGGUCACGAAAUUGAGUUCAGCCGCUCCGCUUCGUUCACGGAUAACGAAAUUCGAAAUAAGCGCUGCCCAUGUCAUCGGAAUUGACGAAUCAAGGAAACUCGUAUUCCUAAACCAGUCUUUUUGGGUGUGCUCUGUCGAUCUCAGCGAGAGCGGGUUAGAGACCGUGAAACGCAAAGAUGGCCCGUCGAUCGCGGUCUCCAAGCAUUUUUUCGUCCCGUACGAUUGGUUCGCAGGGAGGAGGGACGUUGUUUGUGCUUUGGCGAAGAGUGAUAUUGUGUUGACUCGGGGUGGUGACCUGGCGGUGAUUCGGGGCGGUCUUGACUAUGCCGAGACAGUAUGUCUAGAAUAA